CAGAGCUGAAGCACAGUCGUGCGUGUCACAAUCUCAAGAUUUUUUUUUAACCUAAUGGAACUAGAAGAGAUAUGAGGUCUGCUUUGCUGGGACAUUUUUGGAGUUCUGUCAUUGAGUAUUUCUACGGUGGCGUCUUUAUGCAAUGGCCUCGAGCCACAGGUCUUCACCAGUGCCUCCGUCGAAGAGCAGCGAUGCUUUCUUUAAGAAGGAAGUGGAUUCCGCCAAGCGCUUUCGACCAGUCCAGUCACUGCCUGACGUCUGUCCGAAGGAACCCACGGGGGAUCCUAACAGUCUGUGCGACAGCCCGUCUUUAGUUGCGGAUCAACACCGAUGGACGAUUUAUCAUUCCAAAGUCAAUCUCCCAGCGGCACUCAAUGAUCCCCGGUUAGCAAAAAGGGAAUCUGAUUUCUUCACAAAGACGUGGGGACUGGACUUUGUGGACACUGAAGUUGUGCCUUCGCUCUACCUCCCGCAGAUCAACAAGGAUCAUUUCGCAGCAUACCAACUGGACAUUGUUCAGAGAGAGAAGAUUCAUGAGAAGUGCAAGACUGUUUGUCCUCCUAAAGACACCUUUGAUAGGACACUGUUACAUACUCAAGAUAAAUCCAGGACAGAACUGGAGCAAGUACCUAAGAUUUUUAUGAAGCCAGAUUUUGCCUUGGAGGACCCCUUAACAUUUAAUAUGGUAUUACCUUGGUCUCAUUUUAAUACUGCUGGAGGGAAAGGAAAUCGUGACACAGCUUCUUCAAAGCUCCUUCAGGAAAAGCUGAGCCAUUAUCUGGACAUUGUGGAAGUAAAUAUCGCUCAUCAGAUCUCCCUCCGCUCUGAAGCAUUUUUUCACGCCAUGACCUCCCAGCACGAACUGCAAGACUACCUCAGGAAAACCUCCCAGGCCGUGAAAAUGCUUCGAGACAAAAUCGGCCAGAUCGAUAAAGUGAUGUGCGAAGGCUCUCUGAAAGUUUUAAGACUUUCACUGACGAGAAAUAACUGUAUAAAAGCGUACGAUAAGCUGAAGUUGAUGGCUACUGUGCACCAAACACAGCCUACUGUUCAGUUGUUGCUGUCCACAUCUGAAUUCGUUGGUGCGUUGGACUUAAUAGCGACCACGCAGGAGGUUCUGCAGCAGGAACUCCAAGGCAUUCACAGUUUCCGGCACCUCGGGUCGCAGCUUUGUGAAUUAGAAAAACUGAUAGAUAAAAUGAUGAUUGCGGAGUUCUCCACCUACGCUCGCAGCGACUUGAACAGACCUCUGGAGGAGGAAUGUCAAAUUCUGGAAGAGGACAGGCUUGUAUCGCUAGUGUUUGGACUUCUGAAACAAAGGAAACUUAAUUUUUUUGAGAUAUACGGGGAUGAAAUUAUUAUUACAGCAAAGAACAUAAUUAAGCAGUGUGUGAUUAAUACAGUAUCAGAGAUAGAAGAAAUAGACACAGAAGUGGUCGUUAAGCUGGCUGAUCAAAUGAGGAUGAUGAAUUUUCCACAGUGGUUCGAUCUCCUGAAGAAUAUUUUUUCUAACUUUAUCAUCUUCCUCAAAAGAAUUAAGGCAACACUAAAUGUUAUCCGCAGUGUCGUUCUCUUGGUUCUAGACAAGAACCAAAGGAGCAAAGAACUGGGAGAAGCUUCUGUGCAGAAGAAUCCAUCCAGGGAAAGUUCCGUGGAUACAGAAGUGGCUUACCUGACCCAUGAGGGCAUGUUCAUAAGCGAUGCCUUCAGCGGAAGAGACCUUCCAUCCGCAACAGCCAAUUCGGCCUCUCCAAGAAACGUUUGUCCAGACAGCGAGCCCAGCAGCAGCGACUCCGUAUCUGAGUCUGAAUGUGCCACCGAUUCAUCCUCAAGCAAGGAACAGACAUCGUUGGGUAUUACUCCUGUUGGAAUUGAGACCAUGAUUGGGGAGGACAUGAAAUUGUCUGAACUGGAACUGGUGAGGUUAGCGAAUAACAUACAAGAGCUCCUUUACAGCGCUUCUGAUAUUUGCCAUGAUCGUUCAGUCAAGUUCCUUAUGGCUAGAGCAAAAGAUGGAUUCCUGGAGAAACUGAAUUCUACAGAGUUUGUUGCUCUUUCCCGACUUAUGGAAACUUUCAUCUUGGACACAGAGCAUAUCUGUGGUAGGAAGAGCAUGUCACUCCGUGGUGCUCUUCAGGGUCAAGCUAACAAAUUUGUAAAUAGAUUCCAUGAGGAGAGAAAAACAAAACUCAGCCUCCUGUUAGACAACGAGCGCUGGAAACAAGCCGAGGUUCCAGCAGAAUUCCAGGAUCUUGUGGAUUCUAUAUCAGAAGGCAAAAUUGCUUUACCGGAGAAAAAACCCGGAGCUCCUGAAGAAAGAAAGCCGAUGGAGUUCCUUGUUGUUGAUGGUCAAAAAUAUGCUGUAGUUGGGACGGUGUUGUUGCUGAUUAGAAUCAUCCUGGAGUACUGCCAGUGUGUGGAUAACAUUCCUUCCAUAGCUACUGACAUGCUCACUCGUCUCUCUGAUUUGCUGAAGUAUUUCAACUCCCGAAGUUGUCAGCUGGUGCUGGGAGCCGGCGCUUUGCAGGUGGUUGGCUUGAAAACGAUAACGACAAAAAAUUUAGCCCUCUCGUCCCGCUGCCUGCAGCUCAUUGUACACUACAUUCCCAUGAUCCGAGUGCACUUUGAAUCCCGUCUGCAGCCCAAGCAGUUCAGCAUGCUUAGGCAUUUCGAUCACAUUACCAAGGAUUAUCAUGACCACAUAGCUGAAAUUGCAGCCAAACUUGUAGCCAUAAUGGAUGGCUUAUUUGAUAAGCUGCUAGCAAAGUAUGAGGUGAAAGCCCCCGUUCCUUCUGCCUGCUUCAGGAACAUCUGUAAACAGAUGGCAAAGAUGCACGAAGCAAUAUACGAGCUGCUUCCUGAGGAGCAAACACAGAUGCUGUUUUUACGAAUAAAUGCCAGCUACAAGCUCCAUUUGAAGAGGCAGUUAGCCCACUUAAACGUCGUCAAUGAUGGAGGACCUCAAAAUGGGUUGGUUACAGCUGACGUAGCUUUUUACACUGGAAACCUCCAAGCUUUGAAAGGGCUUCAAACCCUGGACUUAAACAUGGCUGAGAUCUGGGAACAGAAGAGGUGAUAAUUCGGCAGCGCAGUGGGUUUUCC